AUGCGGCCGCCUGAGGGCACCUCGUCCGGCAACGACCUCACGGUCUUGGCCCCCACCUCGUCCAACGAGGUGCUGGCGGCGGCAGACGAGAGGCUCUGCUCCCAACCCAGCUGCCUUCCCCAUGGCCUGCCGGAACCCUCCCCGGUGCCAGCCACAGCACGAGAAAACAUCAGCGUGUCUGUGCUGCCUGCACCCCAAGAUGAUGACCCCCGCGAGGGAUCCCGCGGGGCUGUGCCCGGGACCCCCUCCCCGGAUGAAGCCCGAGGCGCGGCGCGGGUCGCCGUGCCGGAGCUGACGGGAGCCGCGCAGGCGGCGGCGGGGCCGCAGGGCACCUCGUCCGGCAACGACCUCACGGUCUUGGCCCCCACCUCGUCCAACGAGGUGCUGGUGGCGGCCGACGAGUGGCUCUGCACGCAACCCUGCUGCCUUCCCCAUGGCCGGCCGGAGCCCUCCCCUGUACCAGCCACAGAGAACAUCAGCGUGUCUGUGCCUGCACCCCAAGAGGAGGACGACGGCAUUCCGGCGGCACGGCUCUCGUUGUUUGCACCGGAGCGGCUGAACCUCCGGUGGGAGAGCGACGUCUGCAAGGGUGCCGGCCUGCGCAACCUGGGGAACACCUGCUUCCUCAACGCCACGCUGCAGUGCCUCGCCUACACGCCGCCGCUCGCCAACUACCUGCUGCUGCAAGAGCACUGCAGCACCUGCCAACAAAGCGACUUUUGCCUGAUGUGUGUCAUGGAGCAUCACAUUGUCAGCACGUUCAACAACUCGCAGAGAGUGCUGACACCCAAGGUCAUAACUAAGAACAUCACGCGUGAGUCCCAAUACUACGUUCACACUUGCACUCGCAGGAGAAGUUAUCCCCCGCGAUCUUUCUCCAUCUGUGUUCCAAGUCCUUUGCACCACUCCUUUUGCCAUAUAUGCAUCGCCAAACACCUGCGCAUUGGGAGACAGGAAGAUGCCCACGAGUUUCUGCGAUACGUGGUAGAUGGCAUGCAAGCCUCAUGCCUCUAUGGCCACAGCGAGCUGGACAGAUACACGGAGGCUACCACCCUCAUUUACCAGAUCUUCGGGGGUUACCUUCGAUCACGUGUGGAGUGCAUGCAGUGCUGCAACCACUCCGACACCUUUGACACGUGCCUGGACAUUGCACUCCAUAUUAAUAACUCAUCAGAUCUUGUGGAGGCAUUUGAAGAGUUUUUUAACAAGGAGACGCUGGACGAAUACACCUGCGGAAUGUGCUGCUGCAAGGGGGAAGCGACGAAGACGAUGGCUCUCCACCGCCUGCCCAACGUCCUCACCGUCUCCAUCAAGCGGUACAACCUCUACGGCGUCAAGAUCAACCGGAACAUCACCUACCCGGAGCACCUGGACAUGCAACCCUUCACCUCAACGUCUCAGGGCGAGCCCGCGAUCUACUCCCUGUACUCGGUGCUGGUGCACAAGGGAGCCAACUCCAACAGGGGUCAUUAUUAUUGCUACAAUAAGAUCAGCGAUGGACAAUGGUGCUGCAUGAACGACUCCAACGUGCGGCACGUCGACACCAAGGCUGUGAUGAAUAAGCAGGCCUACGUGCUCUUCUAUAUUCGGUCCCCAGAAUUGAACGCGCCGCCAGCGGAGAGCUACUGCCCGCUGGAGCACGUCAAGGCGACGUCCUGGUCGUGCCUUAAGCGGCCCCACUCGGCGAAGGAAGACCCCGGACCCAGUUACCGGACAGCAGCUCUCCUCACCGGCGCGCAAGAAACCCAAGAUGUCGGACCGCCCCAACGGGAACAACUGCCGGAGCCACUGCAAGUGCGACGGCAGGAACAGCAGCAGCAGCAGCUACCGGCAACGCCAGACACGCAACAGCCGUUGCCGCUAGUCCCAGAGCAGCCACCACCACCACCCCGAUCUCACAGCAGCCGCUGCCAUUCCACCAGCAACCACCGCCAGUCCUACAGCAGCCACCACCACCACCGCCGCAGGUCUCAUAGAAGCCGCCGUCAGCACCACAGCAGCUGCUGCCACCGCGUGUCCCACAGCAGCCAGUCCAACAGCAGCCAGUCCAACAGCAGCCAGUCCCACAGCAGCCAGUCCAACAGCAGCCAGUCCAACAGCAGCCACCGCCACCAGUCCCACCACAGCCACCGCCACUCUGGUCGCACAGCAGCCACCACCGGUGUAACAACUGGCACUCGCCCCACCAAGAUAAGUCGCUGGUUAAAAUCCAUGAUCACGUGUCUAACCUCUUGCUUCCCCUCAAGAUCAAACUAAUUUUGAGAGACAUUUUACGAAGGCACCAGGCAGAGGCUCACCAUGGCGUCGCCCGCCCCCCAAAAUGUAUUCAUCGCCGGCUCCACCACCAGCCUCUGAAAUCACUUGAACAUCAUUGGAAUCACCUUAGACUCGACAUUCUCACUCGACGACCACAUUCUCAACACAAUAAAGAGCUGCAAUCACUAGCUCAAGGCCUCAUGCACGCCCGUCCAAUGCUGACAGCCGUCCGACGAGAUAGAAAACAUUUAAAGCAACUCUGACCUCACAAUCCACGAAGAAAGAAAAUAUUUUUAAGUUCACUAGGUUUGCUUUCUACCUGAUGACGAUUGCUUGUGUUGCAAUCGAAACGUCGUAUUCUAUUAUUUAAUUUAUUUAUUUUCUACGUGACUUUACCGAAAGAACCAAAGAGUAUUUACACUAUGAGACCUCCUUUACCAGUGGCAAAGGAGGUCUCAUAGUGUAAAUGCUUACCCCGAGCUCUCAAUACUCUGAUAGUGUGCUGUUUUUGAGUUGUACGCCUUUUGGCGUCUUCUGGUCCAACACCAAUGGAGACUAGGCUCUAAGAAAAGCUGUCUCGGGUGUGGACCAAUCAACUUCAAGGACAGUGCAUAUCAUUAUCAAAGUUGUUUCUUUUUAUUUGCAUUUUGACUGCUUGUGUUGUGGUUAUUGCAAACAUGCCUUGUAUAAAGGUGUCAGUUUUGUACCAGUUUAAAGGGUAAAAACCUACUAUAACCAAAGAGUAAUUCAUGCAAUCACGAAAGCUUCAAAUCAAGUUUUAAUCCACGAAGACUUGAAACACCCAGCACGAAAGUGCUUAAAAUCACGCCAGCCAUUCUGGGAAACAGGAGCCAAGAUCCAUGCAGGCGGCACCAACCCAUUAUGUCUUGGGGUUGAUGUUUAUUCCCUGGCCAAUCGUCAAGAGAGUUGGCACCAGGAACGUCAUUGUG